CGGGACCAUCACGUUGAGGAAGACGUAGGCUGUACUUUCUCCGUAACUCUGGGCUUUCGUGUACACCCCGCCAUCAGGUCAAGUUUUCUGGAUUAUCUGCGUCCGUAUACUCGGAGGUCGAUUCAUUCCUCGUCCUCCAUCUCAGGCCGAGGUCUCUUUCGAUCCCCUCAGGCUUGCAUUGUGGGUCCCGCCAAGGUUGAACUUAUGUACGUCGUGUGACGUCUCGGCUGCGCCGUUGAGCCCGGCGAGAUCAAAUCCCCUGCAUCGGUUACGCGAACGCCGUUACCCUUGCGACGGGCGACCGCACCUCUCUUCCCUCGCCCAUCUUUUCCUCCGCCGCUGUCCUUUCCUCCCCCCCUUCAUGUCUUUCUUCAAGAAGCUCGCCGAGGUCGCGGAGAAGAUCCCGGAGGGCGUGAAGCACGCGCGGGAUCAUGCAAUCGGUGCGAGCCAUCAUCAUCAUCAUCAUUCGCGCCUUCGCUGAGCGCACUCGCCCCGCCAGGCGUGAUAAACCCGAAUCGUGUGUUGUUUUCUGCCAUACUUGCGUCGCCCCCCAGCUGAGGAUUGGUACAGGCCGCCACGAUGACCCCGAGGAAAUCGAGCACGACAAGAUUCGCCAGGAGAUCAGGGAGAGCCACCGCUUCGAGAGCUUCGCGGGCGAGCGCUUCAAUAACUUCGUGAAAUGGCACAUCGACGGCCACGACUACAUGUACGCGCUCUCCGAGAUGCUCGAGAAUGCGAAGGAGGUCAUCUACAUCCUGGACUGGUGGCUCUCGCCCGAGCUCUUCCUCCGCCGCCCGCCCGCGCACCAUCCGGAAUGGCGGCUCGACCGAGUCCUGAAGCGCAAGGCCGAGCAGGGCGUGAAGAUCUACGUUAUCGUGUACAAGGAGGUCACGCAGACGAUGACCAUGAGCUCGAAGCACACCAAGGCCCAGCUCGAGUCCCUCCACCCCAACAUCGCCUGCAUGCGCCACCCCGACCAUAUUGGAAGCAAGGACGUCGUCGAAUUCUGGUCCCACCACGAGAAGGUCGUCGUCGUCGACAACCACUUCGCCUGCAUCGGCGGCCUCGAUCUCUGCUACGGCCGCUGGGACACGCACACGCACGCGCUCGCCGACGCGCACCCCACGGACUUCUCCAUGACCGUCUUCCCCGGGCAGGACUACAACAACGCGCGCAUCAUGGACUUCCAGAACGUGCCCGACUACGUGUCCAACAUCGGCAUCUCCAUCCUCGAGUCCCCGCGCAUGCCGUGGCACGAUGUGCACAUGACGCUCACGGGCCCGUGCGUGCUGGAUAUCGUGCAGCACUACGUGGAGCGGUGGAAUGAGGUGAAGAAGCGGAAGUAUCGGGAGAAGGACCAUUACGACUGGCUCGCGCUGCCGCACAAGGUCGACGUGGCGCCGAACGAGGCCGUCGCGCGCCAUCCGCAUCGCGAGCGGUGGCAGGGCAUGGGCAAGCGGUACAGGCAAUACUGGCACCGCGCCCCCGAGGACGAGGAGCCGGAGCCGCCGUACCAGCCGCCUAACCCGAGCACGUGCAAUGUGCAGGUCGUCCGCAGCGUCUCGGACUGGUCGCACGGCGUCCUGACGGAGCACAGUAUCCAGAAUGCUUACAUCCAGCUCAUCAACGAGGCCGAGCACUUCAUCUACAUCGAGAACCAGUUCUUCAUCUCCGCCACCCGCGAGGGCGAGCAGAUCGUCAACCUCAUCGCGAAGGCGCUCGUCGAGCGCAUCGUGCGCGCGGCGAAGGAGGGCAGCAAGUUCAAGGUCAUCAUCUGCAUCCCCGAGGUGCCCGGGUUCUCCGGCAACAUCAAGGAGGAGAGCUCGCUGCGCUUCAUCAUGGCGGGCCAGUACCGCACGAUCAACCGCGGCGGGAGCAGCAUCUACGAGGAGAUCAGGAAGGCGGGAUAUGAGCCCAUGGAUUACAUCCGCUUCUACCACCUUCGUGCUUACGACCGUAUCAACGCGCCGAUGGAGACCCUCAUCAAGAAGAUGGAGCUCAACUCGGGCGUGCAGUUCAGCGAGGCCCAGGUCGCGCUCGCGCGCCAGUGGAUCGGCAACCAGCACACCGAGCAGAAGGAGGUCAAGAUCAAGGUGCCCAAGAAGACGCAGGAGGGCCAGUCGCUCUCGGAGAACACCGAGUCGGAUAUCCUGACCGUGAAGUUCCCGGACACGGUCGAGGAGGCGACGGCGAUCAUCGAGAAGUUCGAGGAGGGCUCGCGCGAGAUCCGCGGGGACGAGGAGGUGGCGGAUACGGUGUCGCAGCACAUGCUGCAGGACAAGACGUCGCUGUUUGACGAGAAGUGGCUGGGGAGCGAGGAGGAGGAGCUGAAUAACUACGUCUCGGAGCUGCUCUACAUCCACACGAAGCUCAUGGUCGUCGACGACCGCCGCGUCAUCAUGGGUAGCGCCAACAUCAACGACCGCAGCCAGAAGGGCGACGGCGACUCCGAGAUCGCGCUCGUCGUCGAGGACACGGACGAGAUCGACUCGCGCAUGGACGGCCAGCCGUACCGCGCGACCCGCUUCGCCGCGACGCUCCGCCGCAUGCUCUUCCGCGAGCACCUCGGCCUCAUCCCGCCGCAGAUGAUGGACAAGAAGGACGAGGAGGUCACGGACUACAUGCGCCCCGCGCCGACGCCCAACCCGGACGAGACCGGCUCGCGCGAGGACGAGAUGGUCGCGGACCCGCUCUGCGAGGAGACGCAGUACCUGUGGAACGACACCGCGCGCAAGAACAGGGAGAUCUUCACCGAGAUCUUCCGCCCCGUGCCGACGAACUUGGUGCGGACGUGGGAUGCGUAUGAUCACUACCUGCCGAAGGUCAAGACGGGUCAUGUCAUGCCGGAUAUCCCGCUCCAGCGCGUCAAGGAGCGUCUGUCACAGGUCCGGGGUGCUCUGGUUGAGAGCCCGAUCGACUUCCUCAUCGACGAGAAGGACUUUGCUGAAGGCCCAGCUUGGGCUGGUCUCAACCCUACGCUGCCGAUCUACAUCUAA